AUCCAUUGUGAGGCAACAGAGAGGAUAAUUAUGCAUCCCACCGUUGACAUUUUCAAAACCGGUUUUUGAAAAUCACUCCGCAAAGUUGUUUAUAGUGUGUUGUAUGUGUGGGAAGACAUUUAUGCAGUAUCAGGUUUGUUACCAUGCUACGUGUCAUACCAUCAUAUUGUGUAUGGUCUCUGCCCUACUUGUUAUAAGAGUGUGACAAUGUUCCUUAUGUUUUCAGUAAACACCAUAACAUCCACCGUUAAUGAAGGAAGUUGAACGCAAGCCACAGAAAUCCUUUCUCUGUCAUUGAAACAAAUAAAAUCUUUUAACGGGGUUUGCUGGACAACUUGGAAACAGGUGCUGUUAAGAAAUAACCCAUUAAUGGAACACUGGAAUCAUGCUGUCCCAUGAAAGAAUACAUGAAUGCAACCCUUCAAACAAUUGAAACAAUGGAAAGACCCGUUACUGGAACCCUGGUUCUGCUGACACACAUGGAGAUUCACAAUGGAAUCAAACCUCACCAGUGCCUGGUGUGUGAGAAAACAUUUACACUUUCAGGGAACCGUAAGAAACACAUGAGGAUUCACACAGGAAUCAAGCCUCAUGAAUGUGUUGAAUGUGGGAAAACAUUUACAGAAUCAAGUCAUCUGCAGAUACACAUGAGGACUCACACAGGAAUCAAGCCUUAUGAAUGUGUUGAAUGUGGGAAAGAAUUUACACAAUCAAGUCAUCUGCAGGGACACAUGAGGAUUCACACACGAAUCAAGCCUUAUGAAUGUCUUGAAUGUGGGAAAACAUUUACAGAAUCAAGUCAUCUGCAGAAACACACAAAGAUUCACACACGAAUCAAGUGUUGAAGUGAUUGUGUUGAAUCAGGGGGAAAUUUACACAAGCACAUGAGGGUUCACAGUGGAAUCAAACCUUAUCAGUGUAUGGUGUGUGAGAAAAUAUUUACACUUUCAGGGAAACUUAAAAGACACAUGAGGAUUCACACCGGAGUAAAACCUUACGAAUGUGUUGAAUGUGGGAAAGCAUUUACACAAUCAAGUCAUCUGCAGUCACACAUGAGGAUUCACACAGGAAUAAAGCCUUUUGAAUGUGUUGAAUGUGGGAAGACAUUUGCACAAUCAAGUGGUCAAAAGAAACACAUUAAGAUUCACACACGAAUCAAGUCAUAUGAAUGUGUUGAAUCUGGGGAAAAUUUACACAAGCAGGUGACCUUUAGAAACACAUGAGGAUUCACAAACUGACAAAAACUCAGUUAAAUGUUUUUUUGAUGGGCAAAAUCUGUCUUGUCAGGAGCUGCUAUACACAGCGUUCAUGUAGAAAGUCGGAUCAAGACAAAGCCUUGUGGCUAACAGCUCUCUUCGUUUCACAGUAUGUAAUUAUCAGAUUGCAAUCACCACACAGAAAUAAUGCUGAUGACAAAUGUUAAUCUGGUCGACUAGGAAGAGGCGUCUUAGUGAGUGGACAGACGAUUUGUAAUUGGCUCCACAGAACCACCAACAUGCCCGAUGUCCACGUGUGAUCCCACGAUUGCCGGAGCAUCAUAUUACUGGAAGACAUAUUUAUGAUCAAGUCCAGCACUGGACCAGUCGUCGUUGUUUUCGGAGGAAUCAAAUCUAAAUUAUAAUUAAGACUUCCUUGACAGAAUGGGACGUGGAGGGAAUGGGUGUUUUCAUGCUGUCAAGUGAUUAACAUAUGUAAUUUGGCUACAGUACAGUUUGCUGUGCAAUAUUGUGUAUGAAGAGUUAAUGGAAUUAAGGUUGACGUACAGAUAAAUUUGUAAUAUGUUUUCUUCUUCAAAUUAUUUUGUCAUUGAAUGCUUUGAAACGUGACUUUGUGAUAGAAAUAGUGGCGUGACUCCAGAAUGUUCAUCCUUCCAGAAGUAGUCAAAUAUAUGUGUCCAUUCAUAAUGGUUUUCAAUCAUGGCAGUAAAAAUCCGCGUUACUUCCUAUCACUGUAUACCUCACAUACGUGAAGAAAUAGUGUGAUGUGUUUUCGUUGUGAUGUCAACAGGAACAGACUGGCCGGCCCGUUAUAUGUCUGUUAUACAUGUCAAGGUCAAGGUCACUAUAACCGAGCUUGAAGCAACAGUGUAUGAUUUCUUAUCAACGUUUUUAAAUUCAGAGAGUUAUAGGAUUCUUUGUAUCUGUUAGGUAAAACAUUCAAUAAAUAUACUGUUUAUUCA